GUUAGUUGCCCGUUAGAAACUUUUGAUUCUUCUCAGACCAACUCGGCGAAAGAAGGUAGAAAGGAAGAGAGAGGUUAGCGCGCUCGAGAUGGCCCGUACGAAGCAAACUGCUCGCAAGUCAACCGGUGGAAAGGCGCCUAGGAAGCAACUUGCUACCAAGGCAGCUCGUAAGUCGGCCCCAACCACUGGUGGUGUCAAGAAGCCUCACCGUUAUCGCCCUGGAACAGUUGCCCUUCGUGAGAUUCGGAAGUACCAGAAAAGUACUGAGCUCUUGAUCAGGAAACUUCCUUUCCAGAGGCUAGUCCGUGAAAUUGCUCAGGACUUCAAGACUGACCUUCGUUUCCAGAGCCAUGCUGUGCUUGCAUUGCAAGAAGCAGCUGAGGCAUACCUGGUUGGACUUUUUGAGGACACUAACCUUUGUGCCAUCCAUGCCAAACGUGUCACAAUUAUGCCUAAGGAUAUCCAGCUCGCUAGAAGGAUUCGUGGUGAACGUGCUUGAGUUGUCCUGCAUGUUGUAGGGUGGCUGCUCUCAUGUGUUUAUUAUUCAGUUUUAUUUGAUUUGUGAAACAAAUUUUAGUUGUGCCUUCUGAAGGUACUUCAUUGUCUGGUAGGUUAAUUAUGAUAGGCAAAUACUAUGAACAUAUGCCGUUUAAAGGAUUGUGUUUUGGUUUUUUAGAACUGGGUAAACGUGUCCAAGUCUGCGUUGUCUAUACCAUGAGUGCAGCCACACGCUAAUUUGUAUUUGGCUAACAUUUUGUUGCCAUAAAAUCUAAUGUAGCCUAUUCCAACUA